UGCUGUGUGACUAAUCGGUGCUCGCAGACAUGGGAGAGUGCCUACUUCCUUCUGUGUAGUAGUGCGACUGUGACCAGCAUAACCACGUCUCAGCCACCCACAAUGAGAAGUUUAUUUCAUGAAGCGUUUUGUGACUGAAAUCAAACAUGGAUAUCGUUGUGCAAGUUUGGAUAUAUACAGCUAAACGAGGAGAUUGUACAUGAGAGAGAGAUUCAUAGUAGCUGAAGAUUCACCCAUUAAAAUGAGGCAAGAAUUUCUGCUACACCAUCCUACUUUGCCACCAUGUGAAAUCCUCCCUGACUCCAUACCAAUGGGUCUGGGUUUCAAGCCUGUCACCUAGAAGGGUUGACAUCCGCAGACAUGGCCAACAGUACUUCAGGCAUCAGCAGCAACAUCAGAGACGAGAACAACCCAGCAAGCUUCAUCUACCAUGAUCUCAGGCCAUCCAAGGUUCAUAUCCAAACUUUGGUACUGCAUGCAGAUUCUUCCAUCUCAUUGGAUACCAGCCAUUCUCUUUAUCUACCAAGGGCUUUCACCAUUUGUUGGGAUUUCCACAUAAACUGUUUUUUCUUGCUCUGAGCUGCUCAUGAAUCAAACACUAUUUGGUUGUGAUCACCCUGGGUUUCUUUGUCCACUGCUGUAGCUUGGUAAAGAGAGCCUCCAUUACAAGUGCAAAUCAUCAGAAGACUCAGCAUGGAAACCUAUAUGGUUCGAAUCUACACUGGUCCCUUGAGCCAAGAAUGCGAAUUUGUAGCUGUUGAAGCAGAGAAAAUUACCCCAUCCAUUGAGAUUGUGCAGGUUGCAGCUCGAAAACUGCGGCUGACGGGUCCAGCAGCCAAUUAUGAGUUAGCAGAGGUCUUUUCCUCUGGUGGGCAGCUCUGCAAGGAGAGAAGGCUAGAAGACAUGGAUUGUCCUGUUGGCAUUCAGUUGCUUUGGCCUAAAGUCAUCAAUGCAGAGAUGGAUCGGGGAAUGGGGCUCUUCACUGGGUACAGAUUCUACAUAAGGAAAAAAGACCCAGAAGUCAGCCGCUGUGGUUGGAUAGAGUGCAGAGAUCAGAGUGUAGUGGACACCUUUUUGAUGUCAUUUCUUCAGCAGCCUGUUGGGUCCAAGGAAUAUCAGGAUCUGUGCAACUUGCCUGAUCUCAACGAGCAGACUCUUCUACAGAACUUGAAAGCCAGAUUCACUAACUCCAGCAUUUACACUUAUGUGGGAUCUAUUCUCAUUGCUGUAAACCCGUUCAAGUUCUUUCCCAUCUACAACCCCAAAUAUGUGAAAAUGUACCAGAAUAAGCGACUUGGUGAACUGCCACCACACAUAUUUGCCAUUGCAGAUGCAGCAUAUCACACCAUGCUGAAAACACGACAAAACCAGUGCAUUGUGAUUUCAGGAGAAUCUGGUUCUGGAAAAACAGAAAGUACUAAUUUGUUACUGCAUCAUUUGACAGCAUUGUCUCAUAAAGGAUUACAUGGCAGUGGGGUGGAGCAAACUAUUCUUGAAGCUGGGCCAGUAUUGGAGGCUUUUGGCAAUGCAAAAACAGUGCAUAACAACAAUUCCAGUAGAUUUGGCAAGUUCAUUCAAGUCAACUACAAGGAAAAUGGCAUGGUCCAUGGUGCUAUUGUGGAGAAAUACUUACUAGAGAAGUCACGAAUAGUGUCCCAAGCAAAGAAUGAAAGGAAUUACCAUGUAUUCUACUACAUGUUGGUGGGAGCUGAUGAAAAAGAGCGUGAGACCUUGUCAUUGUUACACCCAGAAGAUUAUCGUUAUCUGUCUCAGAGCCAGUCCACACUUGAAGGAGUUGAUGAAGUGCAUGAGUUUGCACGACUUAAGCAGUCCAUGGAGAUGGUGGGAUUCUCUCCAGAAACACAAAGAAAAAUAUUUUGUGUCUUAUCAGCCAUCUUGCAUUUGGGCAACAUUGAGUUUAAGAAGAAAGGAGAUCAGCAUCAUGAUGAGUCAGUUGGUAUCAAAAAUGAAGCUACUGUUCAAGACCAUUUCACAACUGUUAAAGGUGAAAGAGAAAACCUGUUAGAGGCCUUGAUGCAGAAGCGGACAAUAGCUGGAGAUGAAACUGUGGUCAUCAACUACAAGAUGGAAGAUGCUUUGGCGACGCGUGAUGCUAUGGCCAAAUGUAUCUAUGGUGCACUGUUUGACUGGAUUGUUUUGAAAGUCAACCAGGCAUUGCUUGCCAAGAAACACAACAGUGAACAUGAAGGCAACUCAAUUGGCGUUCUGGACAUAUUUGGCUUUGAGGAUUUUGGCAGAAACAGUUUUGAGCAGUUUUGUAUCAACUAUGCCAAUGAACACCUUCAGUACUACUUCAAUCAGCACAUUUUUAAGUUUGAGCAGGAAGAAUAUCAGCGAGAGGGGAUCCAGUGGAAAAACAUUGAGUUCAUUGAUAACACAGCAUGUCUUGAACUCUUUUCCAAAAGACCCAGCGGUCUUUUUUGCCUUCUUGAUGAAGAAUGCAACUUUCCCGGGGCAACCAAUGACACUCUGUUAACAAAAUUCACCCACAAUCAUCGAGGCAACCCAUAUUAUCAAGUUCCUCAGCUGCGGGAAGGUGCCUUCAACAUAGUGCAUUAUGCUGGCAAGGUCAAGUAUUAUGUAAAGGACUUCAGAGAAAAAAACUCUGACUUGGUCAGGCAGGAGAUUGUGGGUGUCCUUAAAAAGAGCAGUAUGGCCUUUGUGAGAGAACUCAUGGGGAUGGAUCCUGUGGCUGUACUGCGGUGGUCAAUGGUGCGAGCAUUUUUCCACUGCUUGUUUGCCUUCAUCCGUGCUGGAGAAAAAUAUAGAAAAACAGGAGGAUCAGACAAGAAAAGGCGUUUACCAGACACACAGACAGAGCCCCCUUUCAGUGAGAAUUUGCUUAGAUUUUACCAUGUAGCGCAGACUAUGAAAGUGCUGCGCAAAAUUCAAAGACGAGAGCUUCAGUUGAUGGCCAUACCAGCACCUAACCUGCAUGAAAGAUCAGCCCUAAGAAAAAGCCUCACAAGUGUGCCUGGGGACAGUGAGCAAGAUCAUAACAUUGUGCUCACAAGGCGUGGCGUGAUGCAUGAAGAGUUGCUGCUGUAUAGCUCUUUUGAGUCCAGCCUUCCUCCUUCCGAUGCCAAAGUUAUCCGCCGCGCACGAAAGCUCCUCAUGAAAAACAAGUCUUUCAAGCCAAGGCCAAAGCCAUCAUUGAGUUUCCGUGACAUCAAAACUUUAAAGGCAAUUGCUAGUCGUACAAUGUUUGGCGGUGCUCGAGCGUCCAGCAAGAAGCAGCCACCAAGUGUUGGUGUACAAUUCCAGUGGUCCCUGUCUAGGCUUAUGACCACACUUAACCAAGCAAACCCUUUCUUCAUCCGCUGCAUCAAGUCCAAUUCAGACAAGGCAGCCUGUCAGUUUGAUGAUGAGAUUGUUUUACGACAACUGCGGUAUACUGGUAUGCUGGCCACUGUUAAGAUCAGGCAGUCUGGUUACAAUUACCGCCUAAAGUUUGAGGAGUUUAUCCAGCUAUAUCAAAUCCUCCUGCCCAAAGGUCUUCUUAGCUCACAGGAGGACAUUAGGCAUUUCCUGAAGACCAUGAACCUCAACACAGACCAUUACCAGAUCGGCAUCAACAAGGUUUUCUUGCGUGAGACUGAAAAACUUUUGCUCGAUGAGGCUCUGCAUGCUGCUAUAAUGCGUCGUGUCAUCUUUAUUCAGCGAUGGGUGAAAGCAUGCCUGGAGAGGCGGUACUUUCUGCGCUUGCGUGAGGCCACAGUGGUUUUGCAGAAACACACUCGACGCUUUCUUGCACAACGCCAUUAUCAGCGAAUGCAUGAAGCAGCAAUCACUAUUCAACAGUACUUUCGAGGCUGGCAAAUUCGAGCUUGGUACCUUACACAUCGUCAGUGCGCUAUCUUUAUACAAGCUUACAUACGAAUGUUUCUUGCCAGGCGUAGAUUUCUAGCCUAUCUGCUGGAAAGGCAGGCAAAAGAACAGAGGUUACGUGAGGAGGAAAAAGGAAGGCGACGACUUGCCGAGGAACUCCAAUCAUCUGCCAGUGAUGAAGGUGUUAUGGUAAAAGGGUCUAGUGCAGAGGAACUUGAAGAAAGGGAGUAUGCUCCCAUUCACCGGCGGGAUUCGGAAGAGAGCAGUGGAAUCCUGGAGGAUUCAGAAUCUGAAACUCUGUCUGUGGAACCAAGGUCACAGCCAGGUACCCCUACCAGCAUCUCUUCAGGGUCAAGGCCAGGAUCCAUAGUGGUGCCUUUGGUGAAAGUGGAGAGGAAUGACCGGUAUACAGCAGAAGACUCUCAAGGUUUUGCUGGCGGUAAAGUGCAAGAGCUGGCUAAGACAUUCCAACAAGCACGUCAAAGAGAGGAUAUUGAUGGUCGGACAUAUUUUGUCCACCGUGGGUCAGAGCGGUGGAAGAAGAAGCAGACCCCAGCACCACUCGCCAAGCAAGAGUCCUUUUCAGAUGUGGAGUUAUCACCAACAGGCAAUGAUGACAUCCCAACAGAUGUGCCUGGUCACCUGUCACCAGAACGGCUGCAAGUGAUUCAAGAAGUACUUGCAAAACAAAGGUCACCAAGGCAUGACUCUACAGAAUCCGAGGAAGCAAGAGGACCACAGGAUGGCACAUCACACAGCACAUUCCAUACAGUGAAAAGUCGCUUCAAAAAUUUGAUGGGUGUGCACUCUCCCAAGAUAAAACCAAGCAAACUUCGAAGAGCAGACUUGGUCACCAAUGGAGGUAUUAACUCAAUGCCCUCAACAGAACAACACGUUGAUGGCCUACAGCAGUUGUUGCUUAUCUCUGUUUUUGGUAUUCCCUGGUUGCUAGAUACCAGAGCGUGCAGUCCUUCUCAUCUCUUGCUCAGACAUGCACGAAAUUCCUUCCGGCUUUUCCGUGACCGUGACCCUGACAGGAGUGCAAGAAAAAAGAAAGAUCCAACAGACAGCGAUGAAGAAGGGGAGGAAAAUAAGCAAGGCAGCGCAGUGUCCUCUCCUAUUAAGAAAACCACAGAAUUUGGAAUUGCUGUACUUCCACCAUUCCCAGUUCCCAGCAUACCAGCUUCACAGACAGCAGGAAAGGAGGGGACAGGUGUAAUGUUGAUUGAAGAUGGAGGCAAGCAAGCAUUGUCUCCUGGGAGACAGGCACGUACAAGGCGGAAAAAGAAACAGAGAAACAGCCAAGAGGGAAACGGCCAACAAUCUUCAACUCGACCUCAGGGCAAUGUUAACUUUUGUGGAACUUCUGAAUGGCAGUAUUCAGAUGACAUGAAAAUUACUGAUGUUCACGACUUGCAUUUGCUGGAUGACUUCAUAGCAGAAAAGCGUCAAGAUCUCUUCAAAGACAACAACAGACGGGACACCAUAUUUGACAGAAUUUUCAAGGGAGCUUUAACUGAGUUUCAUAAAGACCUAAAAACUGUGAUAGCAGUGCAGUCAAAUAAUGGAGAAGUGUCGGUAAAAUACAGAGACCUGUUUGAGAAGUUCAAGAUUGUGCUGGAAGCUGAGAUGCAUAAGGAACAGACAGACGCACCUCUUGUCAUGGCACAUAAUGCUUUCCGAGGAUUUCUGGACGAGUUCAUGAACAAACAUGCAGGUCGACGGCGUGAGCAGCGCAAGACGGACAAGCCAAUGAAGCCAUACAAACAGAAGAAAGACAUGGUGGAACAUUUGGGUCACAAGUUUCUCCAGGUGCAGUUCAACAUUCCCACUUUCUGUGAAUAUUGUUCUUCUCUUAUCUGGAUCAUGGACAAGGGUCAUGUCUGCCAAAUGUGCAAGUAUACCUGCCACAAGAAGUGUUCCAUCAAAUCCACAUUAGCUUGUCGUGGCAACUCGGCAAACCAGGCUCUAACUAACGCAAAAGUGUUUGGAGCACCACUUGAAAGUCUUCUGAAGGAGGACCAGAAGAUCCCCCUGUUGGUCGAACGCCUGAUCAGUGCAAUCGAGACUCAUGGACUGUACACUGUGGGACUUUACCGAAAAUCUGGGGCAGCACCAAGGGCCAGAGAGCUGAGGCAGCUUAUUGAGACAGGCUUUGAGGGCGUUAAUCUUGAGGAGUAUCCAGUGCAUGUGCUGACCACAGUCCUAAAGUCGUUCUUUCGGGAGCUUCCAGAACCUUUGCUCACAUACGAGCUAUACGAUGACUUCCUCCGUGGCUCAGAAAUAAAAGACAGAAAGGAGCAGAUACAGUGCAUGUUUUCUGUCAUUGAUAAGCUGCCCAAGCCAAACCAUGAUCUGUUUGAGAGACUAAUCUUCCAUUUAGCCAAGGUUGCCAUGCAUGAAGAUAGUACCAAGAUGUCUGUCAAUGGCCUUGCAAUCAUCUUUGCCCCCUGUCUGCUGCGUAGUAACAAGAAAAUCCAGGCUCAGGAGACUUUGAAUCAAGUGCCUAAGCAGACAAGCUGCAUUAGAAAUUAUCCUGGCUGAGGAAUUGGCUACAGUGAAGUCCAAGCUAGCAGACAUCAACACACUAGAAACUGCAGAGAAAACUGCCGAGGAACGUCUCACGUUUGUCCGAGCAAGCUUACGCGUAACAAGGGAGAGGCCAGAUAUUGCACGUCCUCCCCUUGCACAGCAGGAGUCUAUGCCUGAGGAAGAAGAGGAAGAGGUGGAGGCAACACCCCUCCCAGAUCUGGCGGCAGAAGAACGAGCUCUGUCUGCUCACAUAGCUACCAUUCAUA